CGGCGACAACCUCGUGGAACUCUACAUUGAGGACAUUUUCCGUCCGUACCACGAUGAAAACGCCCGCGCGAGACUCGGAUUUUCCACUGCGUCGGAUCAGCUCCAUCAUCUGCCGCUUUUCGAUGUUCUUUCUCUGCAGCGAGAGCAGCAGGCUACUGAGGCAAGCAGCGCGUCGGCCGAUGGAAGUGGAGGUACACCCACGGCACAUGAUUUCUCGCUUACUACUGCAAGAAGCGCAACCGCAAGCGCCCUUCUGCAGAGGCUAGAGGAGACUUUUAAGUCGGGCACAUCAACAAUGUCACGUCGGGCAGGUGGAGCUGGAAAGAAAAGGAAGCACGCCGAUCCUCUUCGCCUGUAUGAGGAUUUGGAAGAUAUCAUGCGGAGAGAAGAAAUGGAUUUCACUUUUACAUUGCGAGCCCUCGGCGAUAUUGUUGACAUUGCGACGGUGGGGGACCAAAGUGAAGAGUGCAAGAAGAAGAAAGAAGAUGUGGAGAUGUCCUGUGCGUUAUUCAACCCGAAACCAUUUCGCCGCGCUCGGGGUGAUCAGCUUACUCCGCUGCCCCAGCAUCUCCGGAAAUGGCUGCUGCGAUGGAGUGACAGUCUGCAGAAGCAUUACAGUGGUGCAGCUUCGGACGAGGAUGCGAGCCAUACACAUGCGAACUACAUCUCUCCACCGGCCGUGGCAAGAGCAGACAUGAAAGCCAGUUCCCCGCAGGUGAUACCGCGCAACUGGAUGCUAACUGAAGCGUAUGAGGCCGCGGAGCGAGGGAAUUUCACAAAGGUUGACGAAUUAAAGACACUGCUGAAAACACCGUACGAAGAUGUGCGAGAAGAUACCCAGUGGGUCCGCGCAACGCCAGAGUGGGCACACGGAAAAGCUGGAAUAUCUUACAUGAGCUGA